ACUCGACUCGACUCGACUCAUUUACAGCCCCCAGCUACGGCAUCUCCUGCCAUCAACACGAUUAUGCCACUGAUUACAUCACUUUUUUUUGUGUGUGUGUACUAUCAUAAUCUUUGAUAAUAAAAUACAAUAAUCACGGAGUUUGAAUCCUGUUAGAUCUCAAUACUUGAUAAGCUUUGAGCUAAGUCCAGUGAACAGAGGAACUCUUCCGAUACUAUAAUUUGGUGCACUGCACCAUCUUCUUCAUACCCAACAAAAUGGAGGUACCACUGUACCAGUGGUUUUACAUGUGAAGUGUCUCCUCUACCCAAAUUGCAGAUAGAGAUAUAGCUCCCUCCCAAAUUACCCUUCCCCUGUUUCAACUUCGGCAAAAAAAACCUUAUCGCUGCUUGCUUGUGUCGUUUAGCACUCCAAUAAUUAUGUCUACACGGUGAAGAAAGAUGGAUAGAUCGAGCACAAUAGCAGCAGAAAGACGAGAACCCUAUCAUAUUGUUCUUUCUUCUACAAUGAUGGAUAUGAGAUAAAAUAUAGAAACAGAUCUAUCCAUUUAUCCAGGUUGCUGAGUCAUCGCAGUACAUUCUAUCUUAAGGAUAAGGCUCCUCUCAAAGUGACAGCCACAACUCUAAAAGCUAGCAAGACGUUUGCUUGUGCUUGUGGUAAUGAGAAAUUCUUACGAGUUGAUUUUGGCUUAUUGGAAAACACCUCCCCAACAGCAUCAUUCUGAGUAGAUAAACCAAUAUAUAUAUGGAGCCUUCUGCGGUACUCCGGGUAAAUUCGGGGUAACGAAUACCAUGAGUAUGAAAACACUAUUUAGACCUCGAAUUAGCAGGAUUUUUGGUCAUGAUACUAUACCCUAACCCUUAAUGAGUGAACCAUAGGUCUUAAUUAUCUAAAUCAUAAACUAUAAACCCUAAAAUGGUACAUUAUUUUUCUGCCUAUAUUUGGACGAAUCAUAACCGUCGAUUAUUGUUUCUAAUUAAAUUGAUAUUGGGGUAUUAGAUUUAGAGAAUUAAGACCUAGAUUUUGAUAUUUAAGGAUUAGAGUAUAGUGUCAUGUCCGAAAGAUCAGUCAAUUCAAGUUCUAGAUAGCGUUUUCUUACUCAAGAUAUGCGGUAUCCCAGAUUUCCCUGGGUAUCAUAGAACUUCAUAUAUAUAUAUGAUCAGAAGUUGAAUAGUAACAAAUUUGUUAUAUCAUUGGAUCUUAAUUAUUUGGAUGGAUGAGUUUUUGAUAUAAUACGAUUUUUACGAGUCAUUAUACAUCUUUUUAUGACUAUUGGGUACAAUCACUAAAGAGUUAUUUGAUGCUGUUAGUAAAAGCUCUAUGAUCUAUAAUCGAACAUCUCUCUACAACUCGAGUUAUUGGAAUUAACUGAUUAUUGACAUGGUAUCAAAGUAUUCGAUAACCGAGAGGCCUUUUAUUCAAAUUUCGGCGACCCUAUUUGUCAAGCAAAUAAUAUUUGAACUUAUACAAACUUCAACAUCCGUAUACAUAUAGUAGUUUCCGACAUAUAGUAGUUUCCGUUUGAACGAGAUAUUAGUAAUUAAUAUAUAAUUCAUAACUCAAUUAAACCCUUUAAAUGGCACUACCAUUGUGAACUCUAUAAAAACCCUGCCCUACGAAUCCUGACACACGAAACUCGAACACAACAUAAAAGAAAAGAGGCAAAAAAAGCAGAAAGGAAAUGGCAUCUGCUGCUGGGUCCUUAUCGCUCUACGAAGUGCUGGGAAUUCCGACGAGCGCGACCGGCGGCGAGAUAAAGGCAGCGUACCGACGGCUAGCGAGAACGUGCCACCCCGACGUGGUGUCUGUCAGCCGGCGGGAGGUGUCGGCCGACGAGUUCAAGAGAAUCCACUCCGCAUACUCCACGCUGUCGGAUCCCGAUCAGCGAAAGAAUUACGACAGGGAUCUCUACCACCGCCACCGCCGCGAUCCUUUUGGGUCUUCGUCGAUUCACUUCAAUUCGUCGGCGGCCCCGUCCGGUUACCCUGCAGCUGUCUACGGCGGCCGGAGGAACUGGGAAACCGAUCAGUGCUGGUAGUUGCCUCUUUUUUUUUUUUAAUGGAAUUUCAGUUCUGCGCAUGUUGUAUAAUUUAUCUCAUUGUACACGUGUUUUUAAUUAAGGAGAAAAUCUGCUUCUUCUGUUUAGUUGACGGAGAGAAAGCAGAGUAUAUAAUUUUAUUAGCACGGAACAGAGGAGUUCUAUGUAAACCUCAAAUGUUAUGUGAGAUUAAUCCUAUCCACUCUUAAUUAUUUGGAUAAUUUUACUACCAGUGUGUUGCUGAAAUUUGUGAAUAGUUUCAUUUGUCACGUCAUCAAAAUAUUAACGGAGUUAACGGAGUCUAAUAGAGAUAGAUGGCCGGUGAUUAACGAUGCAAUCAUUAGUAAAGUUAAUGGAUAAUAUGCAAGGAAAGUGAUUCGAGUGGCGAACAUGAAAAAUUUGUAUAAUUUGAGUGACCAAUCGUAUAAUUUAGCCUAAAAACAAACUGAAUUGCUAUUUGUCGCCCUAAAAUUCAAAAUAAAUCGCCCUAAACUAUACUAAGUUGACACAUAUACCCCUAACAUCAAAACUAACACAAAAACCCAGCAAACAAUCCGACCCUAUAACUGCUCCCGCCGCUGCUCCCGCCAGUGUCACUCCUCGCCGCCACUACUAUUCGUCGUUGCUGUCGACCAAGAGGAGGAAGGAAGGCGGCCACUGGAUCUGCCGUAAAAGGAAGAAGAUCAAUGACGUAGCGCAGCAGAACUAAGGAUUAAGAAGAAAGGAAUUAUCACUACCAUGUGUAUGGCCUACAAUUGAGUGGCCCUCGUUAAUAUUAUUUUGGUCUGUGUUCAUAUAGCUUCCAUGUAAAUCAGAUUUAUGCUUGUGUUUUCUUUUGGAUGACUUGUGGGUAGCUCCAAUGUGGCUAAGGAUGAUCAUCAUCGAUGUUAAAGAGAGAAAUUUGGACAGAAAGAUGAUAAUUAGGAAGGAAUUAAAGGAUUAAAAGAGAU